AUGUCGACCAAAGUUCUUCUGAUCCUCUUGGGCACGCUGGUAACCCUUCCGUGCAUUGAAGGACCUCAAGUUGAAUCAGUGGAGGGAUCUUCUGCCAGUGAUGAUGAGGUCUAUGGCCCAAAGCCCCAGCCUUCUGAAAAGGAACUCUCCUCUGAAGAAAUAAAGCCCACUGCUGUUGGUACCCAUGAGAAACUUGGCAAAAUGCCAACAGCCACGGAAAUCCUGGAUGGCAUCUUCCAUAACUAUGACUACAAACUGCGCCCUGGCAUUGGAGAGAGACCCACUGUGGUCACUGUUGAACUGUCUGUCAACACCCUUGGGCCUCUCUCUAUCAUGGACAUGGAAUACACCAUUGACAUCACCUUCUGCCAGACUUGGUAUGACGAACGCCUUCGUUUCAAUGGCAGCUUUGAGAGCUUCGUUCUGAGUGGCCACUUGGUGAGCCUGCUGUGGGUCCCAGACACCUUUUUCCGGAAUUCUAAGAGGACCCAUGAGCACUCAAUCACCAUGCCCAACCAGAUGGUCCGCAUCCACAAGGACGGCAAGGUGUUGUACACCAUCAGGAUGACCAUUGAGGCUGGAUGCUCACUCCACAUGCUCAAAUUUCCAAUGGACUCUCACUCUUGCCCUCUGUCUUUCUCUAGCUUUUCCUAUCCUGAGAAUGACCUAAUCUACGAGUGGGAAAAUUUCACACUUAAAAUCAAUGAGAGUAAUUCCUGGAAGCUCUUCCAGUUUGACUUUACAGGAGUGAGCAACACGACUGAAACUGUCACAACCCUGGCUGGUGAUUUCGUAGUCAUGACGCUUUACUUCAACGUGAGCAGGCGGUUUGGCUUUGUGGCCUUUCAUAACUAUGUUCCUUCCUCUGUAACCACAAUGGUCUCCUGGAUUUCCUUUUGGAUCAAGAAAGAAUCUGCUCCAGCCAGGACUUCUCUAGGGAUCACCUCUGUACUCACCAUGACCACUUUGGGCACCUUCUCUCGGAAGAAUUUCCCACGCGUAUCCUAUAUCACAGCCUUAGAUUUCUACAUCGCUAUCUGCUUCGUCUUCUGCUUUUGUGCUCUGAUGGAGUUUGCUGUGCUCAACUUCCUGACCUACAACCGGACGGCGCCCCGUGGUUCUCCCAUACUUCGCCAUUCUCGUGCUCCGAUCCGUGUCCGCAUCCCUGUCAUUGAGCAUCCGGAAGCUUUCGUGUGCGACAUUGAGGACUCCGAGGAGGAGGAGGCGGGGGAGAGUGAGGAAGACGAAGGCCCAUCCUGCCCAGCCCGGCAGGCCACCAGGCCAAGCCGCCCCCGGCGCUCUGCUGGCUGCAGCAGGUGGUGCGAUAAGUACUGUUGCAUGGUCCCCACUUGUGACGCCAGCAGCUGGCAGCAGGGCCGCCUCUUCAUCCAUGUCUACCGCUUGGAUAACUACUCGCGAGUGAUUUUCCCGGUCACCUUCUUCUUCUUCAAUGUGAUCUAUUGGCUUGUUUGCCUUAACCUGUAG